CGCGCUCUGUUGAGUUCCACCUCGUGCGCGCACACAGCCCAGAUUCAGAUUAUUGUUCGGAGACGGUCGAUAUACACACGCUACGUCUCAGAGAAAUAAUUUCAAACAAUUAAAAUAAAUCUAUCUUAUAAAUGUGCUGACAGGACAUUAAGUAGCUUAUACAUUAACCAUUUCGAAAUUAGAGUUUAGCAUAAAAACUUGAUCUUCAGUGGUUCUGCUUGACUGGUUAAAGAUGCUCACAGAUAUUAUAGAAGGAGAAUUUGAUAUCAAAGAGGAGGAACCAUGGUACGAUCAUCAAGAUCUGGAGCACGAUCUUCAUUUGGCCGCAGAAUUGGGUAAAAAUUUACUGGAGCAGAAUGGAGACUUAGAAGAGACUCUCCAACAGAUGUACAUCACCAACCAGGAACACAUACAGGAGAUAGAGUAUCUUUCUAAACAGGUGGAUAUGCUGAGGUCGGCGAACGAUCAGCAGGCUAAACUCUACGAGCAGCUGGAUUCAACCGCACAAGACCUGGAGCUGAAAAACCAACGCCUGGUGCUGGAGAACAGAGCGGCUCAGAUGAAGAUCGAAGGGCUCACAGAGAUGGUGGAAGGACUGCAGACUCAGGUGGAGGAGCUACACAGAGACAUGCAGAAGCUGAAGCUGGAUUCUGCCGAACAGACCCGGUCCAGUGAUCCUGACGGUGUUCAGGGUCUCACAUGGUGCGAGGACAACUCUCGGUUGCACAAGUACGUCUCCCAUGAGCCCUCUGUUUCCACCAGCCGCUCGUCACUGAAGCGUGAGGAACAAGACGAGUACUGGGAGCUGAAGCGCUCGGUUGAUUCCCUGCAGGCGCAGCUGAACACUGAGCGCGCUCUGAGACAGACGGCCGAGCUGGAAGCUGAUGCUCUGGUGCAUGAACUCAGCCAGCUGGAGCCCAAAGUGGCACUGCUCGGAGUCUACAAGGAGCGCCUGGCCGAGACGGAGGCUGAAGCCCAGGAGCUCCGCCUACUUUUGCGCUCGAGCGAAGAUAACGUGUUCCAUCCAUUGGAUGCUGAGGUGGGCGUGGCUGUACACAGGGGGCGGAGCCUGCAGCACAGCAGGCAGUUGCUUAGUGAAGAGCAUCCUGCAGUGAAGCAUCAUGGUAUCUCUCUGCUAAAUGAGGUGGAUGCUCAAUACACCGCCCUGCAGGAGAAAUACGACACACUGCUGCGCCGCUGCCAGGGUGGGAUGUGUACAGAGAAGCAAAAAAACGGCCAAACGCACACACACUCGCCCGGUGUAAACACACAGAACGAUUCCCAGCAGCCCGAGUACAAGGCCCUGUUUCAGGAGAUUUUCACCUUUAUCCAAAAGAGCAAAAAGGACCUGAAGGAGAACAGGGUCAAGCCCGGUCAGGUUGAAUGAGGCACUGAUCUGCGUCUACAACGUGUAUAUAACGCACUUUUGGAAAUAUUUCUGUAAACUUAAAUGUACUGUAACUGAUUUCUGAAGCAAACAGUAAAUCUUUGUCGACUUUGUGUGUAUUUAUAGUGGAGUGAAUCUCACAAAAAUAACAUUUUCAGCUUAUAUAUUACUACAUAAUCAGUAGGAAAAAAAUACAGAUAAGUAGUAAAAUAAAAUAAAAAUACAAUAUAGCCUGUUUGGAAAUGAAUCUAUUCAUGAAUUCUAUAUGAAUUCAAUGAUCUGAGAAGAAUAAUGUAAUUAAAAUUGGUCUCUGUAAAGGUUUUUAAAGAAGUUUUCCUUUAAAAAAUUCACCCUGACAAGAAACAAUUAAAAAUCACUGUAAAUUAUAGAUGCAAACAUUAGAUGAACACUAAUAUAUCUAGAUGUUUUAUUAUUUAUAUAUAUAUAUCAUAUCAUGUGUUUGUCUGCAUUACAGUAAUGUUAAACAGUGCUUAUCUGCCAUGAAAAUAAUCAAAUGCAAUAAUCUUAAUGAUGUGAAAAUGAUAUGGUCUCUUUUAAAUUGUGAAUAUAUAUUUGCUUUAGCUCCGUGCAAUAAAGUCUAGUGUUUUAGUGAUCACUGAUCUGUGCAUUUGUUGCAUCUGUUAAAGGAAUUCCAUUAUCUUAAAGAUGUCAGUGACUUGGAAGAAUAUUUGAUUGGCACAUGAACUUUGUGACACCGCUAGUUGACGUGUUUCAGUCUCAACGCUGUUUGCACCAUUCAUUCAUAACCUCAUAAGAGGGCAAGUGUCUCCAGUCGAGUGUUUGCAUGUGAACUUUCACCUGUAUACUGCACAUAAAUGGACUUUCCACCCCGACUCUUGGACAUCAGAGAACAUCGUCUUCAGUUUCUGCUUCUAAUCAAGGCCCUUGAUAAGAUUAGAGUGACAUCGCAGCAUUAGGUAAUGUAUUUAUCAAGCUGAUAUGUGCCAUCUGUUAUCUUCAAUACAUUUCAGACAGCACUGGUUUGUAUUUAAAAUGGAAAAAUUACAAAAGCUGAGACACUGGGUAGAAUUUAAGGAAACGUACGGUAUAGAAGAACUUAUUUUGAGACCUAAAAAAACCCAUUUCUAGAAUAUUGGUAGAAAUAUAAAGUUCUUGUAAUCAGUAACCAAUGAUUGUGCAUGAUUUUCUGCAGUUAACGGAGCAUGUUUAUCAAUUAAUAAAGUGCUGCUUUUGUAUUCGCCUUGCUCAGUAUUUUGUAAUAUAAAUUAAGAUAAAAAUAAAAAACGGAGAUGUUGAUAACAGUGUAUUUUAGUGUGCUUGUACACAUUUUUAUUAGUAAUAACAGCAGAUAAUGCAUAAUUGCAUGCAACUAAAUCUAAACCAGAUCAUAUAGAUAUAACUAAUUAGUAAUAUUAAUGUUAUUUAGUGUUUAAUUGUAUAAAUACACUGUAACAAGGACAGCUUAAACUAAAAUGACAAUUUGCUUUAAAGCAUCUUAAAAAAUAUAUAUAUAUAUAAAUACAAAUUAUAAAUAUGAAAUCAAUUCCAGCUGUAAAUCAGAUCUACAGAAGACAAUAUAAGUUUGAUAUUUCAGCUCAGUUUAUUGUUCUCCUCUGAUAACGUCACUGCAGUUAAAUCAAUAACUGAAUGCAAAUCGUCUUUUGCAGGAUAAAAUAUAAAACGACUUUUGAAGAUGUCAGUUGUAACAUUUAUUCAGAAUAGCAUACAAAUAAAAAAGAUUUGGGGUUCAGAUCUGUUUGAGUGUGUGACUGUACAGACUUGGCAACGAUGAUCCAGAAUAUGAAGAUGUGGAAUGAUUAAUAAACAGACGGACAGUGAACGCUUUAUAUGCAGGCCUGGAAGAGACGAACGUGCAUGUGAUUUCAGUCAGAACUGUAGGAUUGCAAAUCAUACGGAUCGAAUAUUUCACCUGAAUAACUAAGAGGCACUUUCUUUCACACCCAAACACAGUUUAGCAACUAGAGCAAUAAUCCUAGAUCACUUGCAUGAUGAGAGAAGAAGAAAAAAAAAAGUGUAACCUUUAUGCAUUGUUUAUUAAUUCAUUUUUAAAUUGCUUCAGCAUUUAUGUCUGUAAAUGUCAUUCAGAGCCGAUGUCGUUCUCCCUUCAGGUCCAAUAAAUACUCAUGAGCAUCGAUCCAUAUAUUAGAUUUGGACUGAUCUAAACUGCUCCAGAAUCAACCACCGUUACAUUUUGGUUGUCAGAGCUGUAAACAUUUUCAACAGGAGCUUCAAAGCCUUCAUCUGACCCAAUCAGAGCUGAGCAAUUAAUAUUUCAGAGGAUUUAUUAUAAUUUAGAGCUCUUCAAAUCUGUCCGUAUCCCACAUCCUGUGUUUUUUUUUUUCGGUUACAGUAAAGCCAUUCUUAAACGUGGGGCAAAAUACAAAACAAAACAAAAAAAAUCUUCAU